AUGGAGUUCGAGCUUAACCUCACUGCCGACCGAGCGGUUGUGCGUGAGUCUCUCAAAGGGGUGCUUUGGUGUAUCUUCUUUCACCGGCUUUUUGGUCCUAUCGCUCCCAGUUCCCACGAGUUCAUGGGAGUAACAUAUCCCGUGGCCAGCAACCUACCGGAUGUUGACUCCUUGUUUGAUCAAAAAAUUGACCAACUAAUCAAGAAAGAUUUUGGCAGUGCAGACCUGCUACGCCAGCCCAAGGUGGGCCAGCUACUCAUUCUGUUCCACAAGAACCCAUCCAAAAUCAAAAAGAAGUCUUCGUGGUUCGGUCAUUUAAAGGAUGACGUUCUGCAAGAGACUACUGUGUGGGAACUGUGGCGGAUCAAUGUGAAUUGCCGCCCUGUGCCCCCAGAGUCCUUGCUGGCUGACACAUCCUCAGUGCAUGAUAGGGGCGUGCAACUGUCACGUCAGAGCUUCGAAGAGACACUCAUGGCGAUAUAUGGAAAAAUGGACGCUAGCAAAGAUCAUAUUCCCCCAAUUACUACGCUUGAUGUGUCUCCUUUUCCAUAUGAGAUUGAAAUCGACCCGAAGUCUCCCAAGAAACCUCCUCCGCCCCCUGACGAUGAGUCGUGGGGAAACUACAUCAAGAAGAUGUUGGAUUAA